CGAGCCUUGAUUUCUAGGCGUGAUUCGUGCUGUGCGUGAACUCUCAGGAAUUCCAACGGGUGCGCGCAGUCUCAGGUGCGUGUGCCCGCCGGUUUAGGGCGCUGCCUCCCCUGAGUCAAUACAGCACACUUUCAACCUUUAUGGAAUUUAUGGGAUCGGAGUCGGACCCAGUAUGUUAAAGAGAGAGAGGCGCCGUCCAAUCAAGCAAGAGUCUUAUGUGUCAAAUAACGGGCGUAGUGGCGUCAAAGCUUUUGGGAGUAACCACGUGUCCUGCAAAAAAUAGCCGGUCACGGUUCCCCUCAUGAGGCAGCACUCAACCAGAACUGACCGGUAAGAUCGCAGACUACCGACGGACUCACAAGUCACAGCUGUCCUUCUCGUCGAAAACAUGGUGAAAAAGGCUAAAAGUCCCGUCACUUACGCAAAAAUGAAGGGAAUCGUUUCAUAUUUUACAGCUUUAAUUAAGGACAAGAAGCUCCGAUCCAGCCACCCUAUCUAUCGACAGAUGGAUUUCUUGCGACCUGAGGGUAGUCUUUCUGAAGAUGACGGAGCAGCAGCUGUUUGUUAUAGUAAUCCCCAAUCAGAAGAGCCACAGUCUCGAGUAUCUGCGGCUGAUUUUGACUACUUGAAGGUGAUCGGGACGGGAAGCUUUGGCAAGGUGUUCUUGGCCACACACAGGGAAAAUGGCAGAUAUUACGCAGUCAAAGUUCUACAGAAACACAUCAUCUUAACAAGGAAAGAGGAAAGAAAUGUCAUGUGUGAGCACAGUGUGUUGUUAAAGACUCUUAAUCAUCCAUUCCUGGUGAAGCUCCACUUCAGUUUUCAGACUAAGGACAGGCUCUAUCUAGUGCUGGACUAUGCAUGUGGAGGAGAGCUCUUUUACCAUUUGCAGAGAGAAGGGGUGUUUGGCGAACCCAGAGCCAGAUUUUAUGCUGCUGAGAUGGCCUGUGCUUUAGGAUACUUGCACUCCCUGAAGAUUGUCUAUAGGGACCUGAAACCAGAAAACAUUCUGCUGGAUUCUGCGGGUCAUGUGGUUCUGGCCGACUUUGGCUUGUGUAAGGAGGGAAUGAGUGGAUGUGGCACCACCAGAACCUUUUGUGGAACGCCAGAGUACUUAGCACCUGAGGUUCUCCUGCAGAAGGAGUACGACAGGACUGUGGACUGGUGGGGUUUGGGAGCUGUUCUUCAUGAAAUGCUCUAUGGCCUGCCACCUUUCUACAAUGCAGAUCGUCUUGAGAUGCUCAGAAAUAUUAUUUAUCAGCCAUUGGUAUUAAAACCCCGAGUGUCUAGUGCAGCUAGAGAUCUGCUGAAGAGACUGCUAAACAGGGACAGAGCCAAGAGACUAGGAGCAAAACGUGACCUGACUGAGCUGCAGUCUCAUCCAUUCUUCUCAUCUAUUCAUUGGGAUGAACUUGUUGCAAAGCAAAUUCCUCCUCCUUAUGUUCCCUUAUUGUCUGGCCCUGGUGACCUCACAAACAUUGACCCUCGGUUUACAGAACUUCCUGUUCCACAGUCGCUAAGAGCAUGUGAUGAGUAUGGAGCAACCUUUCCUGGCUUCACCUACAUCAAUGAAAACAUUCUCUCAUUGACUCGUGGACAUUAAGACAGAAUUCUGUCAGACCAAUAGACAUUUUGUCUGAACAUGUUUCUAACGAUGUUUAACUUAAGCAAACUCUGAAACACAGUUCAUUUUUAUGUUAGCUGGACCAAUGCUUUUGCACAAGACUACAAAGUUUUCAUCAAAUGUGACUGUGUUUUUUUUUAACACUUGUGUUAUUUAAUUCCUUUUUUAGCCCUAUUUGAUAAAAAAAAAAAGAGAGAUAUUUGUGCUGAAAUACAAUGAUGAGUGGUGUUCUGGCAAUACUGUGAUGAGAUGAAGUGAGACUACAGGUUGUAUCGGAUGUUGGAUUGUAAAAGUUGUGAGAUGAAAUUAAUAUUAAAUCUCAAUGUUAAUGAAAUUGUGUAUAGUAUUCAGAUGGUAUAGGUCAAGUGUUUUUGAUGAAAUUGUAUGAUCAGCAAAAGAAUGUCCAUUUUUGGAGUGGAAACAAUUAAAUUAUUUUAAGCAAA